UCAGUGGACGAGAAAACAAAUAAAAACGAACUCCUCAAACCGGGCUGCCCAGAGUUUGUAGUCUAGGGUUUCUGCCUUCGAGGAAACAAGCUGAGCCAUGGCUAUGCAAACGGGAGUUAGUUUCUCUAAAAUACUGAUUUUAGCUGGUGCAGGAUACACGGGAACUGUAUUGGUUAAUAACGGUAAAUUAUCGGAUUUGUUGGGCAAACUGCAGGAAUUGGUGAAGGGAUUGGAAAGUUCUGGUGAACAUGAUGGUGAUUCUGACCACACUUCUGAUGCUGUCGCCCAGUUACGACGUAUGGCUAUGGAGAUGCGGCAGAUAGCCUCAAGUAGACCGAUAACUGUGCUUAAUGGGACUUCUGGUGGUAGUGCAACUUCCCUUAUGAUUCCAGCUGCUACUUUGGGGGCGUUAGGUUAUGGUUACAUGUGGUGGAAGGGUAUUUCAUUCUCUGAUCUUAUGUGGGUAACCAAAAAAAGUAUGACGGCUGCUGUUUCAAACUUGACAAACCAUCUGGAAAAUGUUACAGAAGCUCUUUCUGUGGCAAAGAGGCAUUUGACACAGCGAAUUCAGGCUCUGAAUGAUAAAGUGGAAAAGCAGAAUGAGAUCUCAAAGGAUAUUCAAAAGAAUGUCAAGGAGGCUUGUGAUGAUCUUUUUCAGGUUGAACAUAGUUUGAAGGACUUACAAAGCUUGAUUUUCUGUUUGGAUGGGAAAAUAGAUUCAUUGGGAUAUAAGCAGGAUGUAACGAAUGUUGGCAUGUACUACCUUUGUAGCCUCGUUGAUGGGAAAGAAGGGAAAAUGCCUGAAAGUAUACAGGAUAAGUUUAAACUCGGUGAAAAGGCUCGUCAUUUACUCAAAGCUCCAGGUUCCAUGGGACUUCAGGAAAUUACAGAUUGUGUAUCUGAAACUGUCAGUCAGAAAGCUGCAGAUAAUAUUCAGAAAGUGGGUACCAAUAAUUUUGGCCACCAGCAAAGAGUAUUCUCAAGGAUCACUUCAGCAUAGCAUUGGAGACAGCUUCAUUUUGAGAUAAACAUUUAUGUCCAAUAAAAAUGGUAAUUCAUUGUUACUCUUUUUUCCAUGUACUUUUUGAACACGGUUGGUGUUCAUCACCAGGUUGUUGCUGUAUAUAAAAUAUGAAAAUUUAAAAAUGUUGUUUAGUGGUAGUUGCUGCAACGAUCUUGGAUCCAGUCAAAAUAUAUAGCUAAGAUAAAUUCAGCAUUAUUAUUCAAUA